AUGGACUGGAUCCCUCGCGAUGAGUGGGGACCCCCCGAGGAUUUGUUCGAUGCGGAUAUCAUCCCAGACCAGAUCCGCGAGAAUGCACGCAAGAGCGCCAGGAAGGCUGCUCAGUCCAGCAAGAAGAAUCAAGCUGUAAAGACUCCCAAGCACCCUCAAGAGCGUAUGCCCAAAAUCAUGAUCCCCUGGGAAGACCGUUCGCGCUUGUGUACACCGGAACAGAAACGGCUCCACGGACUUCUCCACGAAUGGAACGUUUACAGGGGCCAGCAGCGGCUCGGCGUGUGGUCAUUCUACGGUGAAGAGCUUCCCGGUCAGCUGUACCCCAUCAAGACUGAACCGGCCUCGUCGCCCUUUGCGACUUACGCCCCACAACCGCUCCUGGCCAUGCGAGCUAUCGCAGUAGAGUAUGAUCCCGGUAAACCUCAACAACCAUCGUUCUGGAGUCGAACCAAGGGCAAACUGGUGGGCGAGAGGGAGGCCGCGCUCGUGAGGUUCCAUGAGACGUGGGGUAACGUGGACUAUUGGGGAGACUCGCAGGGCAAAUUGACUCCCGACGAGCGCAACAGCAUCAAGACGGGUAAGCACAAGCGGCUGCUGCAACGCGACGCGCCUGCGGCGGACAACUAUAUCACUGGCUCGCGAGGAGAAUACAUUGAGUUGGUCAACGCGGUGAUCGAGAUCGACCCCGAGCGACAGCUGGCGGUCAAGGCCGACGCCGACAAGGUUCGUAGAUUUCUCAACGCGCCACCAAACGUGGCCAAGAUUUCCGUCAACUUGCUUCACGCUCUGCCCAUCGAAGACCGCCCCUUUGACCAGGAGGAGCGCCGGGCCUCGUCAGAGUCUGUCAACCAGUUCAUGCUUUGCCUGGCCCGCCACCGCGUCACAAUCAAGCGCGCCAGCCUCAACUAUGACGACCCGGCGCUUGCCCGUAGAUGGGACAACCUCGAGCUCGACGCCCCCACGGCAAUGUUCCUCAUCAUGUGUAUUCGUGACGAGGCGUCACCAGAGUACUGGCGAUACUUGAACAAGACUCUGGCACGUGCGAUUCGAGACCAUGGCCUGUUGCCGCUUGUCGGCCUGAGGAGACUCAAGCGCUGGUUGCAGUCUGAAUACAACCUCAUCAUUCCUCCCGCCAGCUCGUUUGUCAGCAAGGGCUAUGGCCCGGACAUGUUUGGAAACUACGGGUACCGCCAACGCUACGAUACCAACCACGGCGGUGCAGCCCGCUCCAUGUUUACCCACUUUGACAGUGUCCAAGCAUGCCACGACCUGAUGGUGGCGUACCUUCUUCACGAUCCGUCGCCCAACAGGUUCAGCGCGCUCACUGUCGAUAAACUGGUGGAACUAUUCAAGGAUGACCCAAGCAAGGGAGGUACUGUCGUUGACAACGUCACAGCCGACGUCCGACAGCUGGGCUUUGAAGUCGGAGUGGUGUAUGCAGCCAUUAUCAACGCCACGACCGAUGUCAUGAAUGACACGACUCGCUCUGACGCCAACAAAACGGCAGCCAUCGCCGCCGUCAUCAGCCUCGUCUCGACCGGUGUCUCGACCGCCUCGGGCUUUAUCCCAGGACCCUCUGAAGUCGGCGGUGCUGUCAGCAAAGUGACCGACACGGUCGCGGGCGUCUUCUUUGACCGGGUCACUGCACGGUACACUCGGCGGCAGGAGAUUGCGAGGGCCCUCGUCAACGAAAUUGUUCACCGCUUCAACGUGCUUGUGCUGGGAGAGGCGGACAGUGGGAGCAUUCCCAACCUGGACCUCGGCUCCCCACCCAGCGACCCCGAACUGGUACCAAUCCUCGUCCCUUCGCCCAACGGCUAUCCUGUGUACUGCCGUCCCACUGCACACGACAUCAACCUGUUCAAGGAUACGGCCUGUAACGCCGUCAUUGUUCUUUGCAGCACGGCCGGCGUGACGAUGGAAGACGACUGCCUCGCGCUGAGCGGUAUGCCCAAGGUGUCGCUCCGCAACAGGGCCGCCACCCAGGACAAGCAAGCCGAGGUGCAACCGCCCUACGACCCGAGCCCGGCUCUUCGUGCCGAGAUCAAAAAGCAGUUCCAUCAAGACGACGUCAACUUGUGGUACGACUUGGUCAGCGGAGUGGCGCGGGCAAUGCACUGGCCCGUGUUCAGCUUUAUGACCUACGACUCGAAAUUCACCGCCCUGCCCGGAUGGAGCCACCAGAUCAAGAACGUUUUGCAAAACCCGCAAAACGUCCAGCUGCAGUCACUCGUCGAGCAGCUGAGGGACAGCAUUGGAGAGCGGGAGAAGAGGAAAGACGUUUACCCGGGGGAGAUUGCUGAGAAGGUUCGCUAUUUUUUCAUCGACCCUCCAAGGGUCACCUAUCUGCGCUCGCUGCACUGCCACGAGGAUCCUGUGUUUGAUUAG